CGGGCCAGGGCCUAUCAUUGGACCUCUCGUGUACGGAAUUCUAUCCUUCAGGGCGUGGGCCCAUCAUUCUGUUCUUCGGGCCAGGGCCUAUCAUUGGACCUCUCGUGUACGGAAUUCUAUCCUUCAGGGCGUGGGCCCAUCAUUCUGUUCUUCGGGCCAGGGCCUAUCAUUGGACCUCUCGUGUACGGAAUUCUAUCCUUCAGGGUGUGGGCCCAUCAUUCUGUUCUUCGGGCCAGGGCCUAUCAUUGGACCUCUCGUGUACGGAAUUCUAUCCUUCACUCAGGUUGUGGGCCAAUCAUUCUGUUCUUCGGGCCAUUGGACCUCUUAUGUAUGUUCUAUCCUUCGGGCCUGGGCCUAUCAUACCCUCAAAAACAGUCAGACGUAUUGUGUACCCUGACAACUGACUGACAUCCUUCAAGUCAAACCAAAUAUCGUCAUCAAACAAAACCUGAAGAUGAUUCGUAUGGUCUUCUAUCUCACAGUGAAAAACAGUGAAAGGAUCUGGUGGAUGACCGUGUAUUCCUCUUUUAAAGAGCAAUUAGAAUUGAGACAAAAUGGCUGAAAAAGCUAGGCCCGAGCGCAAGGCUAGUCGUCUCGGUCACGGGUCGUCAUUCAGCAUGGGGCGGGAGUCAUCCGGUGGGACGUCAAGGAUGAGGAAGGAUUCGUCAGUCAACAAAUUCAAAGGGAAGAAACGCGAUGGCACCCCGGACAAGAACGCCUCACCAAACCCAUCCCAGGACCUACUCGAUGAGAACCUCAACCAGUCCAAGAAUGUCCUCUAUGACGAAGAAAUCGAGAAACUUGCCAUCAAAGAAGAAGACCUCGUUAAAGUCCGGGAACCCAAGCCGCCGAGGUCCGGGCGGUCACCGGUCACAAAUUUGGUGACAGUCAGGAAAAUGAAACCGGCUUCUGAAUGGGACUUGCCAAAACCUAAGACUGUCAAGGUCCUAAGGCAAGCACCUCCAGAUGCACCAGUCAAACCUAUCGACAUCAGCGGUGCAGCUGGCCCACGCUUCGACAUGGACGGCAACAUCAUACCGCACAGCAUUCUGGGUAGCGUCGACGACUACAAGAAACGUGCAGUCAAAGACGGCGUGCAACAGGACAUCACGUUACCCGAGGGUUACGAGGCAGAGUCGAAACAACCGACGGUGAAAUAUGAGCGAAAACGGAAGUUCCCACCGAGUUAUAUGACGGGGAUUCAGUUUGAUGAGAGUAACGCGUUGAAGAACUGGCAGGCAAAGAUGUUGGAGAGAAAGAAACAGCAAGGGCAUAUCUCAAAACUCCUCCAAAAGCCUGCUGAGACUCUGGUAAUGAACCGCGUUGAUGGCUUCCGUAAAAUCCAGGAGGAGCGGUACCUGAUCGACCGAACAAUCCCAUUGGUUGAUUACGGAAAGGGAUAUCGUGUUGGCAGUGAGUUUUGGAAACAGAAAGAGAGGAUCGGCGAUGACCUCACUGGGAUACACACAACCCUGACCCAAACGGAAGCCGGCUUCCCACCACCGAUCGAACACAUUGAUGUCCCGAAAUACGUCAAGGAAGAAAAAGGCAUCGAUUUCGAGAAGCCGUCAACGCCGAAUUAUCCGUGGGACAAGGCUAAGUCAUGGCGGAAUUCUGAAUUUUUGAAACAGAGAGUGAAUCAGUUGAGGCCAUACAUGAACGAAUUGGACCCUUUUAAACCUAUUAUGGAUGACCUUGAAGUGAUUGGGACAAACAACCCUUAUGCUGAAGAGAACAAGGAGAAUGACCCUCAUCCAGAAAUCGAGUCGGACAGGGGCUUGACGGAGAUUGGAGAUGAGGAAAAUGAAGACCCCCUAAAAGACUAUCCAGACGUCUACCCAACGCCGGUCUUCGGCCCCUCAAUCCAGUUUGCUGGACAAGCGGCACGCUGGACCGGCGACUCACACAGUUUCGCGGGAGAAUUGGGAAUCGAGGCUCGAGUCACCUUCGAGGCAUUUGCCGACAAACGCGUCACGUCAUUCCUCGAAAUCGUCAACGACGGGACGACGGCGAUGUAUUACGAUUGGCAGAAGAUUCCGAAGAGUAAUCCGUUUGACGUCCCGAACCCUAAGGCGCAGAGGUUUUACUUCAACACUAGCAGUGGUGUCAUUCUACCCGGAGACGCCAUGCGAUUCCCCUUCAUCUUCAAAUCGCCAAAUGCGGGCGUCUUCACCGAGCAAUGGAAAUUCAUGACCAAACCUGUUGUAUGCGGUGGCGCGGCCCUGGUGGUGACUUUGAGAGGUGUAGCACUUCAAGAAGAUAAGUUCAAGAAACAGAGGACUGAGAUUGAGCAAGAACUCGCCCAGAAACAAGCUGUUCAAGUGGUCGGACAGAUUCUAGACGGACUCAUUGACGGCAUAAGGACGCCAGAGAGGUCACGCUCGCCGAUCGAUGCCUAUAUAACGGAGUCGGAGACCUUUGAGAGGAAAAAUAGAGGGUUACAUUUCCAACACCACCACAUCAAAGACCUCAAAGCCCUCUACCUCGAGUUCUUCCCGGAGGAGGAGCAUUCAUGGCGAGAAUGGGACUACUCCGUCGAAACUAUCAAGGACAUGGCGAUGGAACUCGAGGAAGAUAAUGAGAAAAAGGAAGAGUUUUUACAACGGUUGAAUAUAGCAGUCGUUGGUCUGUCCUUCCCGCCAUUUUCGCCAAGGCAGGAAAAAAUGCAUAAAUGUGGCUAUCAACUUCUUAUCGAUGCGCUUGACAAUAUGGUGGGGACGAGUAUGAUUAUACGGUCGACGAUGGGCCUACCUGAUAAAGAGGAUGACUUAGACGAUCGUAGAGGAACUUCCAAGUCAAGUGACCGGCGAGGGAAGGACAAAAAAGGGAAGGUAGACCCAAAGGCAGCAAAAGAAACAAAAUCUAAAGGAAAGGAGCCUCCGAAGGGCACCCCAGGAAAAGGUUCUAAAACACCAGCUGCAGUCAAACCAGCCCCGAGUCGAGGACCAGUGACGACACCUUUAGGCAAAAGUGAACUGUUGACGGAUCGGCCAGGAACGCCUGGUAGCGGCCUGGGCAGUCCUAUACCUGACGAGGACAACACGCUAGAAAAUAAAUACAAGGAGACGUUAUAUUCUCAGACCUACAACCUUUUGGCGACGGCAAUCGAUCACAUGGCGCAGGUCUUUGACGAGAUACAAAAAACAGAGGACCAACAGCGAAUGGCAAUGCUGAUGCACUGACAUAAUUGACACUAGCGCCACCUAUAUGCUUGCCAGGAAUUAGUGAAUUAUGUAAAGGACAUUCGUGUGAUGCAAAGUAACUUGGAAUUCGACUGAAAAACGUGACCCGAAUUAUAACAUUCUUGAAUCCUACCCGGCAAAAUAUGCAAAUGUUGGGCCGAUAUCUUGCAAGAUUGAUGUGAGCCUUACAUCAACCUUUAGAUAUCAACUGGACUUUCGUGUGAAAAUUGUCAGCCAGGCAUCAAAUGUCGGACAUCAACCUGUGUGGAGACAGACUUCAGCAUGUUUUUGCUCAUGAAAUUUUUGGCGCAAUUUGUGCUCACAAGGUGAUGAUGUGCCGUGCCACCAUAUUGGAUGAGAAUCACGAGGCAGUAUUCCUGGCAAAAUGAUGCCAUGCUGUCAACGCUCACGAUGAGUUUAAACCGCAUGAUUUGGUAUACGACGCAGAGCUUUGUGCUGUUGCACUGAUGAGGUCAUAAUUUUGCUACGAACAGCCUUGUGUUUACUGUCCAAUGAUGUCAUCGAUGUAUUCGACUUUCAAUUACUUUCCAAAUGAAAGUGAAGUAUGAAAAUGGUCAAGUUUCAACGUAGAACUUGGAAAUUAAGUCACGUUAUAUUCUAACAAUACCGAUAUUUUGAAAAUUCCAUCCUUUAAAAGAAUAUUGUGAAAAUUCCGUCCUUCUGUUCAAGAAAUGUUCUUAUAACUGAUUUACAAUGCGAAAUUGUACAGUGAUAUACCGUCCAUGAAAUAUGUUUGUAAAGUUAUAUGUAUUUUAUAAAGUUUAACAUUAAACCGUUCUUCAUGAA